GCUGAUGAAUGCUGGCGUCGAUGGAUGAAAGAGUAGGCUACCUGCCAACAGUAACGCAAAGAUACAAAUGGACGAAAGAACGUGACGAUUUCAAAGUCAACGAUAUAUAUAUGCUUCCGUUUGUCGAUGAAUCAAUUCCUCGCGGUCGAUGGACUGUUGGAAGGGUUAUAAAUACCUUCCCAGACAAAUAUGAGCUCGUACGCUCAGUGCUAGUGAAAACUGGCACAAAUGUUGUCAAAUGACCCAUUACUAAACUGUGUCGAUUUCUAGAAGACUAAAAAUAGUGCGUCGAAUUAAUGUUUCAUUUACAACGUUCAAUAUGUUAGAAUAUAUUUCCUGGGUCAUAUAUUCGGGUGAGGGUAUGUUACGAUGUAAACGUAAGUCGAUUACAAAUUUGUCGUACAUUUUGCCUCUGUAUGCGGUGCAUCGUGCGCUGUCUUGUAACCAAUCAUUGUAGACCCAAUAUAACCCUUUUUUUGUGUGUAGUGUAAAUUAGUAAUCUGUUGUCUGGUUUAGCGUUUUCCUUUCGGUAAUUUUCGCAUCCCGUAUUCGUCGUGUAAGAGUCGCAGAUAUUUGUCCGUGUUGUGGACUGAUUACUUAUCUGUUAUAUAUAUAUAUAUAAAUAUUGUAAUUGUAUCAGCCAACCGGAUCGGAAAACGUUUGAAAACCGCUGUUCUUUGCCAAGUGUAUAAAGAAGAAGCUGAGUUAUGCGUGUGUCUUAUUUGUGGAUAAAGGGGCUGAAAGUGGCGCGUUCGAUACGUUUUCAUUGUGUCUCGUCUAUAUAGAUUCCGGGCCACCAAAAGACGUGACACCGACCACUGACAAAUUUAAAUUUGAUGUUUCAAAGAUGUCUUUUAACUUUCGUUCAACAAGCCCGCCACAGAGCGGAAACAAGUUUCGAUUAGAGUCUGCUAUUAGCGGAACUUCACAGAAAACUACAGAAAUUCCAGAUUCUAUCAAAAAGAUUACUGAGACAGAGUCUGAUAUUGUUACUUUGAAUGAAGAACAAACUAAUGCUGAAGUUGGACAUCAAUCCAUAUUUGGUGAUGCAAUGUUAAAUCUUGCAAGCAGUGGUGGAUUUGCUUCAUUUGCCGAUGUGGCCUCUGGUAUUCAGAAAAUUGGAUUUGAAAAAAAUCCUGCUUUUCAGUUCCCUGGCGCAGGGCAAGUGAUGUUUCAGCAGCGAAAUAUAGAUAAAAAUGAUGAUCAUUAUCCAAGUUUUUAUGCACCUGACGCACAAUUCAAACGUGUAUUGGAUAAACUUCCACUUUUGGUUGAAAAGAAAACUGGUGAAGAAGGAGAAGAGAUUUUGUUCAAAGAAAGAUGUAGAUUAUAUCGGUACGAUAAAGAUACAAAUCAAUGGAAAGAAAGAGGAGUUGGUGACAUUAAGAUUCUAUUCAAUGAUAUACUUAAUAUGUAUCGUGUGGUUAUGAGAAGAGAACAGGUUUUAAAAGUUUGUGCCAAUCAUGUAAUCAAUGAAAAAACAGAACCAAAGUAUCAUUUGGGAUCUUCAAAAACUUGUUCAUAUUUUACCUUGGAUUAUACAGCUGGAUCGAAACCUACAGCAGAGCAAUUCGCAUUCAGAUUCAAAACUGAAGGAAUGUGUAGAGCCUACAUGGACAAAAUAAAAGAAGUUAAAAAAGGUAAAACCACCGUAACAGAAUCAACUCCAUCCACUGACAAACUUAAAUUUGAUGUUUCAAAUGCGUCUUUUAGCUGUUGUUCAACAAGUCCGCCACAGAGCGUAAACAAGUUUCGAUUAAAGUCUGCUAUUAGCGGAACUUCACAGAAAACUACAGAAAUUCCAGGUUCUACCAAAAAGAUUACUGAGACAGAGUCUGAUAUUGUUACUUUGAAUGAAGAACAAACUAAUGCUGAAGUUGGACAUCAAUCCAUAUUUGGUGAUGCAAUGUUAAAUCUUGCAAGCAGUGGUGGAUUUGCUUCAUUUGCCGAUGUGGCCUCUGGUAUUCAGAAAAUUGGAUUUGAAAAAAAUCCUGCUGGCAAGUGAUGUUUCAGCAGCGAAAUAUAGAUGAAAAUGAUGAUCAUUAUCCAAGUUCUUAUGCACCUGACGCACAAUUCAAACGUGUAUUUGAUAAACUUCCACUUUUGGUUGAAAAGAAAACUGGUGAAGAAGGA